AUGAACACGAUUGGAAGUGGACUUAUUGAAAUAGAAAGAUUUAGAAAAGGUUCAAAAACUUUCGUAAUUAAGAACUGUGAAAAUUAUAUAGAUUACAAAUUAUUUUUUAACUAUAUUUUACAUGAGUUAAUUUUAAAGUUAAGACAAUCGUGUAUUAAAACGUCGAUCAAAUUUAAUUUACACGUUGACGCUACUUACACACGUCCUAUAACACAUGAUAAACAAGAUGUAGCUUUUAAAACUUCGAAUGUUUUAGCAUGUAAUUCAUCCGAUUUCGCUAGUUUGUUAAACAUAAAGUUUGAUAAAAUAUUAGCUGAAGAAUCUGAAUUUAUUGCUAAAGGUUCAGGAUGGACACUUGUUUCAAUAGAUGGGUUACAGUUGAGAAUCAAUUUAGUAAAUCCAUUAAAAGGAGGUACAUAUUUAGAUUUACCUAAAUUUAUACGAGAAAAAAAGGCUAUUAUAAACGUUAAAAAUAAAGAUAAAUACUGUUUUAAAUAUUCUAUACUAACCAAAUAUGAUAAGCGUUCUAAUAAAUCACGAUUUAACCAAAAAUAUUUUGAUUUUCUUGAAAAAAAGAGUGGGUUAGAUUUUAAAUGUAUUGAUUUCCCAACACCAAUAAAUCAAAUUAAAAAAUUUGAACGUUUAAAUAAUGUUUCAGUUAAUGUUUAUAGUUUAAAUAAUAAAGGUACUAUUUUCCCUCUAUUUAUAAAUAAUAAAGAAGAAAAAAAUCAUUUUGAUUUAUUUUUUGUCAAUAAUCAUAAAACAUCACAUUAUUGUUAUAUUAAAGAUUUUUCAAGAUUUAUUAGAAGUCAGAAAACUAAAAAUUGUUCUAAAUUAAUUAUUUGUAAGAGGUGUUUUACAACUUUUGGAAAUAAACCAUGUAAAAGUAAACUUUGGGGUGAAACAGGAUUAACUGAACAUAAAAAAAUGUGUAGUAAGAAUAAAUUAGGAAGACCGAUAAUGUUUGAAGAAGGAAAAGAAAAUAAAUUCAUAUUUUUUAAAAGUUAUAAAAAAACUUCUAGAAUACCAUUUGUUAUUUAUGCUGACUUUGAAUGUAUUUUAAAACCUAAACAGACAAAUGAAUUCACUAAUACUAGUAAAACUUAUAUCACACAUUUACAUGAAAUUAUGAGUUAUGCAUUUUAUGUAAAAGUUGACUAUAAUAUUAUCACAGAAAAGUUAAUGCAACAGUUUAAAAUUCCAACAAACAUAAUAAUUUAUAGAGGUAUUGAUGCGGCAAAAAUUUUAUGGAAAAUAUGA